AGACUAGAGAGAGGGACGGACGGACGGACGGACGCAGCACACACAGCAGUGGGGCCGGCCAGAGCUCUCAGCCUCCUCCCCACAGGUGGGGCCUUCCCCAAACACUAUGGAGUAUGGAACGCUGGAGAGUGGGGUGAGUUUGGGUAAGCUUGCUCAGGGCGGUCCUUUGCCUUCCCCGUGCAAUAAAACUCAGUGAGAGGAUGUCUCCCGUGCUGGAGGAGAAGUGGAGAGAUCUGAGUGGGACACCGGGUUCCAAUCCACGUUGUGUUUACGCUGCUGACCGCCUGAGCCAUGACAGCUCCCAGCAAUAAGAGGUCCAUAGUCCUCGGGGUGAUCGGCCUGAUGCUAGUGACUUUCGGAGCAGUUCUGGUGUUUUUGGUGCCCGUUAUUAUGCGGCAACAAGUGGAGAAGAAUGUCCGCAUAGAUCCAAGUAGUGGGUUUGCUUUUGAAAUGUGGAGGGAUCUCCCGGUUCCCUUUUUUAUGUCCAUCUACAUAUUUGAAGUCAUGAAUACUAAGGAAGUUCUUUUAGGAGAGAAGCCAAGGGUUGAACAACGUGGACCUUACGUUUACAGUGAGCGCAAGCAGAAAACUAACCUAACCUUUAAUGAAAAUGGAACCGUCUCAUUUGUGGAAUUGAGAACUCUUCACUUUAAUCCUGAAAUGUCUGCAGGAACUGAAGAGGAUUUUAUAGUAGUUCCAAACAUUCUUGUACUGGGUUCUGCAAUGAUGAUGAAAGAUCUGUCUGUGCCAGUUAAAUGGAUCAUUAGUGGAGCAUUUACAAGUUUCAGCCAGGAGCCAUUUAUGAACAGAACAGUAAAGGAUAUUUUGUGGGGUUACGAUGAGCCAUUUCUGAAUUUUAUAAAUGCAAUCCUCCCCGGCAAACUUCCAUUCAAGGGAAAGUUUGGUUUGUUUGCAGAUUUUAACAACACUGACUCUGGUAGAUUUACUGUCAACACUGGAGUAGAAGAUAUCAGCAAAGUCCAAAUGGUAGAUACAUGGAAUGGACUCAAAGAGGUUAAUUACUGGAAUUCCGAAGAGGCUAAUAUGAUCAAUGGAACUGCCGGUCAGAUGUGGCCCCCAUUCCGGACUCCUUCCCAACCUCUAGAGUUUUACAGUCCAGAAGCUUGCAGAUCCUUGACACUGGUGUAUGAAAAGGAGGAAUCCUUUCGUGGUAUACCAACUUAUCGCUAUACUUCCCCUGAUUAUCUGUUUGCAAAUGGAACAGAUUAUUCUCCAAACGAAGGGUUUUGCCCAUGCGUCGCCUCUGGUGUGAUGAACGUCAGCUCCUGUCGGUUUAAUGCACCCUUGUUUUUAUCUUUUCCUCACUUCUACAAAGCUGACCCGGGAUUUGUGCAGGCUGUGGAUGGGCUACACCCAAAUGAAAAACUCCAUUCACUCUUCCUAGACUUACAUCCUCUCACAGGAAUUCCAAUGAAUUGUUCCAUCAAGAUGCAGCUCAGUAUACUUACAAUGGGUGUCAAUGGUAUUAUGCAAACUGGAAAGAUUAAGCCUGUAAUUUUACCAAUCCUGUGGUUUGCAGAGAGUGGAUAUCUUGAUGGCCCAGUGUAUUCUACCUAUUACAACACGCUGAUCGUGCUCCCUCUUGUGCUGGACUACCUUCAAUACAUCCUCAUUGCUGUGGGUCUUUUUUUAAUCCUGAUAGCAGCAAUCAUUCCAUUUGUAAAUCAGAAACAGGAAAACAUCUUGCAAGAUACAGGUGAAAUAACAGAUGCAAAUGAAUAUUCUGAUGUUACAAAACUUAUUGGAGAGCCAGACUAUUCACAUCAAACAUGAUGUAUCACGAUGACCACUUUAACGGACCCUUUGGAAUACCUGUUUUUAAGGGACACGUUUUUGUUUUAAUCACUGUGAGCUAAACUGGUGGGUUCCAGAUAGAUGUCACCAUCUGGGUGAGGUGUCUGCACAAAAGAACAUUCUACGUCAGGAAAUUAGGAAAUCCAAGCUACUGCCAUGAUGUCCAAAGAAACUCUGUUCCAUAGUAAAUUAUUAUAACUGACACUAGUGAACUAUAAUUUAAUAGGCAACUGCUGAAACCUUCGAGAUCUUACAGUAAGGUGCUCUUGAUCAUAAAGAUCUUGAUAUGUUUUCUUGCCUGUUAAUUUGUUGGGUGAUCGGCUUAUUGGCUGAGGAACCAACGUCCUACUAGAUCCUCUGGCAUCCAGAGGUUUCACCAUUUUAAGCAUUUUUCUCUACUAAAAUGUGUUUAGGCAUACAAUUUGAGGUACUCAUCCUAAAUGUCCAUUCAUUUUGUUUCUUGUUUAGAACCCUGCAGCAAAUACAGUUUCCAAUGCAUUAUCUUUCAAUGAAAUGAGAGGACUGUACAGCAACCUACCGCAUUCUGCUUAUUAACCCAUGGCACAGCAUCUUGCAGUUUGAUGCCUGUGGCCAGUUUAGCGUUCACUGGGGUAGAUUCAUUAGAUUUUGAUGGAUGUAAAAAUAAAAAUAUUCAGCUACUUUCACUUAAAUGAGUAAACUAUUAGACCUAAAUGGCAAUAAAAUAUAUGUAUAUUAUGGAA